GCAACCUCUUGGUUCCUAGUCGGAUUCGUUAACCACUGCACCACAACGCGAACUCCUAUUUUCUUAAUCUGUCCUUCAUCUACCUCAGUUACUAUCCAGAAAUGUCUCAGAAAUUCCAGUUAAUUAUAGUUGUCUUUCUUAGUUAAGCAAAGAUAAAGGUGUUUUUUUCUUGUUCUUUGGAACUGUUAGCAUUUGUAGAUGAAAAAAAUAAAUUAAUCAGACAUUUUUUCUCUUUUCAUUCUUUUAACAUUUGUAUCCUUUUUGGAUAUUUCCAAUUCUCAUCAGUAUUUAAAUUCACAGACUCUACCUGCAGUUUAGUUGAUCCAUGUGUGUUAAAUCUUGCUCACACCUUUCUUUAAUAUUAUUUUAUAUCUUAUGUCUUAGGAUAACCUUUUCCUCACAGAUAGCUCAUUGCAAAGGAAUACUUAAUCCUCUGGAUGGAAAAGAAUACACCCUGAAUAGAUAUUUAUUGAGCAGUAUGAAAAUCAGUGCUUUACUCUUGGAUAAUUUUCUCAUCAUCAAAUCUCUUGAGGUUUAAGUAAGACAAGAGUAAAUCUUUAAAGAUUUAACAGAAAUCUGUAAUAUAGAUUAACACACAUUUAGAAAUAGAACUAAGGAAGUGGUAAGGAGGGUUAGGAAAGGAAAUGUGGAAUUAAAUUUUUAAGUAUUUUAAUGCAACGUGAAGGUUUUUGGUUUGCUUUGUGUGUGUGUGUGUUUUUCCAUCAAGUUGGUAAAAUUCUGAUAUUAACCUGAGGGCUACUUUAAUUCAAUCACAUCUUUUUUCUAAUAAGGAAACUAUUAUUUAGAGGUUUUGUCAGAGACUUCCUCCAGAUCACAGCAUGCUACCAGAGCACCUGACUGCCAGCCCACCUUUGUUUGGGGAUGUAAUUGUUUGACUUUUUAAGUUGUAGUUAUAAUGUGCCAAGCAGCAAAGGAAAUUGAUCUCUUUUUUAUUUUAAACCAUAAUAUACUUAAUGAUUUGAAAUAACUAUUUCUGAAAAUGUAGGUAAAGAAAAUUUUAUAAAUAUAAUCGUUUUUACUAUAAACGUAUUAUAUUUGGUGUGUAAUUUUGUUUGCUGUCUAAUAAGGUAUUUUUGCCUCAUCUCCUCUUUCUCUAAAUCCCUUAACAGAAAAAUUUUUAUUUGUUGCUUGUUUUUUGUUUUUGUUUUGCUUCUUAUUAUUUCUGAAGUAUUGUUUACCCAAAUGUUCAGUUUCCUGGAAGUUAGUUUUUAAAUAGUUAUAUAAAAGCCUUUGUCAGAACUUUGAGAAAAUUAUUGAUUUAUAAAGCACUCUUGGGCUUGCUAAAGCAAAUGAAUCUACAGAGUGACUGUUUUCUGAUAGUCUUCCUAGUUAUUGUUUUUCACUUGAGAUUACUUUGUAAGGAAAAGUGAGGGGUCAUCAAAUCUGCUUUUGUGCUUUGAACUCCCACUGAGAACUUUUGGUAUUGUUAGCAAAGAUAAAGACAACCUUUAAGAAAACUCCUUGCAGGGAAAUAUCUAAAUCUAUUUUUACACUUAAUUUCUGAAUCCUCAGUCUGUUCUACAGUCGUGCUUUUAAAGGAUUCAUGCAGGUGAAACAGAGGGCACCUGAUCAUGUUUACAUUUCGUAGCCAACAUGUCUUGCCUUUCCUUAUUUGCACCUGUUCAGGUUUAUACCUAGCAGCUGUCAGUGUUCAUAAACUUCAUGAUUACACAAAAAGGAACAUUUGAUAUGCAUGAAUUUAAACACCAUUAUCAUUAACAACUGAUCAUUGAAUUUUUGGAGUAUAUAAAGUCAUUAUGCAGGGAAGAAGUUGUUUGUGGUAAUUCUGACUUUUGUUGUUCUCAGAAUUUUUAUUCGUAAGUAUCAUCUCAGUAAAAUACAGUGAAUUUGUGCUAUCCAGUAUGAAUGAGCAUUAUGGUAUGCAUCAAUUUUGUACUAUAUCAGUUUAAAACAAUUAGGACAAAAUAUAAAAUAAUAUACUCUAGAGGCAUGCUGAUAAAGGUAGGUUGAAUACAGUUUUAUCAUUUAUUGCAGUGGCAAUAAAUCAGCUUGAUAUAUCUUAUUAUAAUAAUUAUAUAGAAUUGUUACUUAACAGAAAGUAUUAGAUAACCAAAUUCCUAGCAGUAUAGUUUUUAAUUAUUUAGACCACAAUUCCUUAGAUUUCCCUUGUGGCACAGCAGGUUAAGGAUUCAGCAUUGUUACUGCAGUGCCUUGGAUUCUUGCUCUGGUGUGCGUUUGAUCCCUGGCCCAGGAACUUCUAUAUAUUGCGGCCAUGGCCAAAAAAAAAAAAGUUCUCAACCUUAGCACUACUAACAUUUUGGGCCAGUUGACUAUCUCUGUCUGGAGGAUGUCCUAUGAAUCGUAGGAUGUUUAGCAACAUCCUGCCUGGAUUCUAUCUAUAUAAUACCAGCAGGCGCCCUCUCAGUUGUGACAAUUAAAAAUGCUCCCAGACAUUGUCAGAUAUUUCCUAGUGAAUGAGAAGGGUAUUAUAGCAUCACCCCGCUUGAGAAUUACUGCUGUAAAAUGUGGGAAAUAUCUCAAAUGGAUCAAAUAAUUUAUAAUCCCUUCUUUAUCUUCCACAUAUUUUUCUUCCAUUCACACAACAAUUUUUUUUUACUGUAGUGUUUAUGUUAAUUUUCAGUGGUAAUAACCUUUUUUCUUUUUUUUAAUCUUUACCCUUCCUGAUUAAUUUUGUAAAUAAAGAAUCCUGAAGUUAUAUAUGAGAAAAUAUCUUCUCAUAAACAACUUUAAAAGACUUGCCUGCUAAUUGAUAUUUUUCCAUAAGUGCUUUUGUUGUGGUUGGAGGGUUCAUGUUAUUGCUGUCUGUUCAUUUUUUAUCUUGUGGUGUCUGGCUUAUUUUGGGCCACAAAGAAUUGGUUGGUUGAUGUUGCUUUGGAACCUGCAAUGAAGGUGGUAUUCUUAACACACAGAUUCAGAAUGAGAUGCUCUUCCAGAAGUUCAAGUAUCAGAUCUGAAUGUUCUGGUCAUCCACCAAUAUCUGAUAUGGAGUCUGGAGAAAGGUUACCAUCCUCAACAACCUCCUCUACUACACCAACUUCAUCUUCUAUACCUUCUGUGGCUUCAUCAGUUUCAAAAGGCGGCCUUUCCACUGGAGCUGCUUCACUUAGCUCUACAAUCAACCCAUGUGGACAUUUAUUCAGAGCAGCUGGGGAUCAACCGUUUAACCUGUCCACAGUGUCGAGUGCCUUCCCAAUGGUCAGCCACCCAGUCUUUGGUCUACAUUCAGCCAGCUCAGGGCAUUCAGAAUUUGGUGGUUUGGGGACACUUGGUACACCCACAGCCUUAGCCGCACAUCCCCAACUAGCGUCUUUUCCAGGUGCAGAAUGGUGGCGAACAGCAGACGUUCAUUCGCGUGCAGGGGCGACCUUCUUUCCACCAUUACUGGGAAUUCCACCACUGUUUGCUCCUCCAGCCCAGAAUCAUGAUUCUUCAUUCCAUUCAAGGACUUCAGGAAAAAGUAACCGAAAUGGUCCUGAGAAAGGUGUAAAUGGGUCAAUAAAUGGAAACAGUACAUCAUCUGUAUCCUGUAUCAAUACAUCUGUACUAUCCACUACUGCUUCAAGUUCUGUGGGACAAACUAAAAGUAUAAGCUCAGGUGGAGGAAAUCGAAAAGGUAAUCAGGAACAAAACAAAACCCAGCCUUUGGAUGCUAGAGCCGAAAAAAUCAAAGAUAAGAAACCAAGGAAGAAAGCUAUGGAAAGUUCUAGCAAUAGUGAUAGUGAUUCGGGUACAUCAUCAGACACCUCAAGUGAAGGCAUCAGUAGUAGUGAUUCAGACGAUCUAGAGGAAGAUGAAGAAGAAGAUCAAAGUAUUGAAGAAAGUGAAGAUGAUGAUUCUGAUUCAGAGAGUGAAGCACAACAUAAAAGUAACAACCAGGUGCUAUUACAUGGUAUUUCAGACCCAAAAGCAGAGGGACAGAAAGCAACUGAAAAAGCCCAGGAAAAAAGAAUACACCAGCCAUUACCUCUUGUGUCUGAACCCCAGACUCACUCAUCAUUCCAAUCCCAGCAGAAGCAGCCUCAGGUUUUGUCACAGCAGCUUCCAUUUAUUUUCCAAAGCUCUCAGGCAAAGGAGGAAUCUGUGAACAAACACACAAGUGUAAUACAGUCUACGGGAUUGGUGUCCAAUGUGAAACCUUUAUCUUUAGUAAAUCAAGCCAAAAAAGAGUCUUACAUGAAACUCAUAGUUCCUUCUCCUGAUGUACUUAAAGCAGGGAAUAAAAAUACCUCUGAAGAAUCUAGUCCUUUGACCAGUGAAUUGAGAUCCAAACGGGAACAAUAUAAACAGACAUUCCCAGCUCAGUUAAAGAAACAGGAGUCAUCUAAGAGCCUGAAGAAGGUUAUUGCAGCUUUGUCAAAUCCAAAAGCAACCUCUAGUUCACCAGCACAUCCAAAACAAACAUUAGAAAACAACCACCCUAAUCCAUUCUUGACAAAUGCACUUUUAGGUAAUCAUCAACCAAAUGGAGUUAUUCAAAGUGUCAUUCAAGAAGCUCCUCUGGCACUUACUACCAAAACUAAAAUGCAGACUAAGAUUAAUGAAAACAUUGCCACUGCAGGUGGCACCCCUUUUUCCUCACCUGUAAAUCUUAGUACAAGUGGGAGAAGAACCCGCAAUCAGACCACUGUAAUACCCUCUGCUUCUCCUGUACCACAUAGUCAAGGGAAGGAGAAAGCAGUUAACAAUAAUAUAAACAUAGUAAAAACACAGCAUCACUCUCAUCCUGCAAAAUCUUUAGUAGAACAAUUUAGAGGGACAGAUUCAGACAUUCCUAGUAGUAAAGAUUCUGAAGAUUCAAAUGAGGAUGAAGAGGAAGAUGAUGAAGAAGAGGAUGAGGAAGAUGAUGAAGAUGAUGAAUCUGAUGACAGCCAAUCAGAAUCAGAUAGUAAUUCAGAAUCAGAUACAGAAGGAUCAGAAGAAGAUGAUGAUGAUGAUAAAGACCAAGAUGAAUCAGAUAGUGAUACUGAAGGAGAGAAAACUUCAAUGAAACUGAAUAAAACAACUUCCUCUGUCAAAAGCCCUUCCAUCAGUCUCACAGCUCACUCAACACCUCGUAACCUCCACAUAGCAAAAGCCCCAGGCUCUGCUCCUGCUGCCUUAUGUUCUGAAUCCCAGUCACCUGCUUUUCUUGGCACACCUUCUUCCACACUUACUUCAAGUCCACACUCUGGCACUUCCAAAAGAAGAAGAGUAACAGAUGAACGUGAACUGCGUAUUCCUUUGGAGUAUGGCUGGCAAAGAGAGACAAGAAUAAGAAACUUUGGAGGUCGCCUUCAAGGAGAAGUAGCAUAUUAUGCUCCAUGUGGAAAGAAACUUAGGCAGUACCCUGAAGUAAUAAAGUAUCUCAGCAGAAAUGGAAUAAUGGAUAUCUCAAGGGACAAUUUCAGCUUCAGUGCAAAAAUAAGAGUGGGUGACUUCUAUGAAGCCAGAGAUGGACCGCAGGGAAUGCAGUGGUGUCUUUUGAAAGAAGAGGAUGUCAUUCCCCGUAUCAGGGCAAUGGAAGGUCGUAGAGGAAGACCACCAAAUCCAGAUAGACAGCGAGCAAGAGAGGAAUCUAGGAUGAGACGUCGGAAGGGUCGACCUCCAAAUGUUGGCAGUGCUGAGUUUCUAGAUAACACAGAUGCCAAAUUGCUAAGAAAACUUCAAGCUCAAGAAAUAGCUAGACAAGCAGCACAAAUAAAGCUUUUGAGAAAACUGCAAAAGCAGGAACAGGCUCGGGUUGCCAAAGAAGCUAAAAAGCAACAAGCAAUAAUGGCUGCUGAGGAGAAGCGAAAGCAAAAAGAACAGAUAAAGAUUAUGAAACAACAGGAAAAAAUCAAGCGAAUACAACAAAUCAGAAUGGAAAAAGAACUUCGAGCCCAGCAAAUUCUAGAGGCAAAAAAGAAAAAGAAGGAAGAAGCAGCAAAUGCCAAAUUAUUGGAAGCUGAGAAACGAAUAAAGGAAAAAGAAAUGAGAAGACAACAAGCUGUUCUUCUAAAGCAUCAGGAGCGAGAGAGAAGGCGACAACAUAUGAUGCUUAUGAAAGCUAUGGAAGCUCGUAAAAAAGCAGAAGAAAAAGAACGUUUGAAGCAAGAAAAACGUGAUGAGAAAAGAUUAAAUAAAGAGCGUAAACUAGAGCAACGAAGGUUAGAAUUAGAAAUGGCGAAGGAGCUAAAGAAGCCUAAUGAAGACAUGUGCUUAGCAGACCAAAAGCCUUUGCCAGAGUUGCCCCGUAUUCCAGGACUUGUUCUCUCUGGAAGUACAUUUUCAGACUGUCUCAUGGUGGUGCAGUUCUUACGAAACUUUGGUAAAGUUUUGGGCUUUGAUGUGAAUAUUGAUGUUCCAAACCUGAGUGUUCUUCAAGAGGGAUUGCUAAAUAUAGGGGACAGCAUGGGUGAAGUACAAGACUUGCUUGUGAGGCUCCUCUCAGCUGCUGUAUGUGAUCCAGGUCUAAUUACAGGAUACAAGGCCAAAACAGCUCUUGGAGAACAUCUGCUAAAUGUUGGUGUGAAUCGAGACAAUGUUUCCGAGAUUUUGCAGAUUUUUAUGGAAGCACACUGUGGGCAAACUGAGCUUACAGAAAGCCUGAAGACCAAGGCUUUUCAGGCUCACACUCCAGCACAGAAAGCCUCAGUUCUGGCUUUCCUGAUCAAUGAACUGGCAUGCAGCAAGAGUGUGGUGAGUGAAAUCGACAAGAAUAUUGAUUAUAUGUCAAACUUGAGGAGAGAUAAAUGGGUUGUAGAAGGUAAACUCCGCAAGCUCAGAAUCAUUCAUGCAAAGAAAACAGGUAAAAGAGACACUUCAAGUGGCAUUGAUCUUGGAGAAGAACAGCAUCCUUUGGGCACACCCACUCCAGGACGCAAGCGUAGAAGGAAGGGAGGAGAUAGUGAUUAUGACGAUGAUGAUGACGAUGAUAGUGAUGACCAAGCUGAUGAAGAGGAGGAGGAAGAAGAAGAUAAAGAAGACAAAAAAGGAAAGAAGACUGAGAUCUGUGAAGAUGAGGAUGAAGGUGACCAAGCAGCAAGUGUUGAAGAGCUAGAAAAACAGAUUGAAAAACUGAGUAAACAACAGAGUCAGUACAGAAGGAAGCUUUUUGACGCUUCUCACUCUUUACGUUCGAUGAUGUUUGGCCAGGAUCGUUACAGACGCCGGUACUGGAUUCUUCCCCAGUGUGGGGGGAUUUUUGUAGAAGGCAUGGAGAGUGGUGAAGGACUAGAAGAAAUUGCAAAAGAAAGAGAAAAACUAAAAAAGGCAGAAAGUACCCCAGUCAAAGAAGAAAUAUUUGAAACUUCUGAGGACACUUUAAAUUGUUCAAAUCCAGAUCAUUGUGAGCAAAAGGAAGAUCCUAAAGAAAAAGAUAACACGAAUCUGUUUCUUCAGAAACCUGGCUCUUUUUCAAAAUUAAGCAAGCUUUUAGAAGUAGCUAAGAUGCCUCCGGAGUCGGAUGUAAUGACCUCCAAACCAAACAGUAGUGCAAAUGGGUGCACACUGUCCUAUCAAAACAGCGGAAAACAUUCAUUGGGCAGCAUUCAACCAACAGCAACACAAAGCAACAUGGAAAAGACAGACUCUAAUAAUCCAUUCAAUACUGGUUCAAGUGCUCCAGGGAAGUUCUAUAGUCCUCUCCCCAAUGACCAAUUGUUAAAAACACUGACUGAAAAGAAUAGACAGUGGUUUAGCCUUUUGCCAAGGACACCUUGUGAUGACACGUCGCUGACCCAUGCCGAUAUGUCAACUGCUUCUUUAGUGACUCCUCAGUCUCAGCCACCAUCUAAGUCACCUUCUCCCGCCCCAGGUCCUCUUCUUGGAUCAUCUUCUGCUCAGAAUCCUGUUGGCCUAAAUCCAUUUGCUUUAUCGCCUCUUCAGAUGAAAAGCGGAGUAUCUAUGAUGGGACUCCAGUUUUGUGGGUGGCCCACUGGCGUUCUUACUUCGAACAUUCCAUUUACAUCACCUUUACCUAGUCUGGGAACAGGGUUGGGAUUAUCAGAAGGAAAUGGUAAUUCAUUCUUGACUCCUAAUGUUGCUUCAAGUAAAAGCGAAUCUCCAGUACCACAGAAUGAAAAACCCUCCUCAGCUCAACCUGCAGCUGUUGAAGUAGCAAAACCAGUAGAUUAUCCUAGUCCAAAGCCUAUUCCAGAAGAAAUGCAGUUUGGUUGGUGGAGAAUUAUUGACCCAGAGGACCUAAAAGCUUUGCUCAAAGUGCUCCAUCUCAGAGGAAUAAGAGAAAAGGCAUUACAGAAACAAAUUCAGAAACACUUGGAUUAUAUUACUCAAGCUUGCAUCAAAAAUAAGGAUGUUGCUAUUAUUGAAUUAAAUGAAAAUGAAGAAAACCAGGUAACUCGAGAUAUUGUAGAGAACUGGUCAGUAGAAGAUCAAGCAAUGGAAACGGAUUUGAGUAUUCUUCAACAGGUAGAAGAUCUAGAAAGGAGAGUUGCAUCAGCAAGUUUGCAAGUGAAGGGUUGGAUGUGUCCAGAGCCUGCAUCAGAAAGGGAGGACUUGGUAUAUUUUGAACAUAAGUCAUUUUCUAAAUUGUGCAAGGAGCAUGAUGGAGAAUUUACUGGCGAAGAAGAAAGCAGUGCACAUGCACUAGAACGGAAGAGUGACAACCCCCUAGAUAUAGCUGUAACCAGGCUGGCUGAUUUGGAGCGGAACAUUGAAAGAAGAAUUGAAGAGGAUAUUGCUCCAGGGCUCAGGGUAUGGAGAAGGGCAUUAUCAGAAGCUCGCAGUGCUGCACAGGUAGCUCUGUGCAUUCAGCAGUUACAGAAAUCAAUAGCAUGGGAAAAAUCAAUUAUGAAAGUUUACUGCCAGAUCUGUCGAAAGGGAGAUAAUGAAGAACUGCUCCUCCUUUGUGAUGGCUGUGACAAAGGCUGUCAUACAUACUGCCAUAGACCCAAGAUUACAACUAUACCAGACGGGGACUGGUUUUGUCCAGCUUGCAUUGCUAAGGCAAGUGGUCAAACUCUAAAAGUCAGAAAACUUAAUGUCAAAGGAAAAAAGACUGAGUCAAAAAAAGGCAAGAAAGUAACCUUAACAGGGGAUACAGAAGAUGAAGACUCUGCAUCUACAAGUAGUUCACUAAAAAGAGGAAUCAAAGACCUGAAAAAAAGAAAAAUGGAGGAAAAUACUUCUAUUAACUUGUCAAAACAAGAAAGUUUUACUUCUGUUAAGAAACCUAAAAGAGAUGACUCCAAAGACCUAGCUCUUUGCAGUAUGAUCCUUACUGAAAUGGAAACUCAUGAGGACGCAUGGCCUUUUCUACUUCCUGUAAACUUGAAACUUGUUCCUGGUUAUAAGAAAGUUAUUAAGAAGCCUAUGGAUUUUUCCACAAUCAGAGAGAAACUAAGUAGUGGACAGUAUCCGAACCUUGAAACUUUUGCUCUAGAUGUCAGGCUUGUUUUUGACAACUGUGAAACAUUUAAUGAAGAUGAUUCUGACAUAGGCAGAGCUGGCCACAGUAUGAGGAAGUAUUUUGAAAAAAAAUGGACAGAUACUUUCAAAGUGAGCUGAAGUUAUAAUAAUCUCUCUUUUUUUUUUCCUUUUAAACAAGGACAAAUGAGACCAGCAAUGUGAACUGUAUUUACAUAAAUGUGCAAGGCACAUACAUAAUGACUUUUUUUUUCCUUAAAAUAAGUAUCACGAAAAAAAAAAGUAUCAGAAAAUGAUACCAUUUUUAAAGGCUUCACUCCUACAACAACCAAGGCCCUUGGUUAUUGGUUUGUGUGAUUUAUCAGCUAAUUUAGGUAGAACAGGGAAGCACACCCAAAGAAUUUUCAAAGAAAAGGGUGUUAUAGUGCAAUAGCAAUUAAAAUAUAUCAAAUCGCACUGAAUAUUCAACACCAGAGCUCUAAUGUGGGAAAUGGUUCUCCUUUCCCUCUCAAUAAAUAUCUAUUUUUCAUUUUUUUACUUUGUAGUUUAUUUUUUAGUGAAUGUAUUUAAUUUUAUGAAUUAUUUAUGAUUAAACCACAUCCAGAAUCUUCGUUUUCUGUGAAAAGGAAGAACUAGAAAAUUGCUUUAAAUCUUGAAAAUACAACAAGGAAUGUUUUAAAAUAUAAAACAAAGCCAAGUUAAACUGUUUACACUGAUGUGCUAUAAAGCACCAAAAAUAAACUUUACUGUAGAGUUACAAGUACAUAUAUAUGUGUAUAUACAUACAUAUACACACAUAUAUAUGUUGCUGUAUCACUUGUGUAGUUAAAUUGUAUUUCAAGGCAGUGAAAAAAAAUUGACAUGUAUAUACUGUUCAUUAUUGUUUAUAUUAAGUCUUGUUUUAAAUAUGUAUUAUGUGUAUAUAUUGUUUGCAGACAUUAUUGUUUAUGCCUUAGAAGGAUUGUAGCAUUUUAUUUUAGUCCAAAAGUAAUUACAGCUAUACAGCUUGUACAGUAAUUAUCCUCUACCAACACUGUGGCGUCUCCUUGAUCUUGGUAGUGCCUGCCUUUGAAACAGGGUGUAGGGGAUAUUAGUUUUCCAUUUUUCUAUUUUGUUAUAUGAUUUUAAGCCACCAGGGCCUAAAUUAAAGUAUAAUCAUUUGUAUCCAUGUGGAAUAAAAUUGUGACAAUUUCCUACGCACACAGUAUUUUUUCAUAGAAACAUUUCCUUCCCAUUUGCCUUGCCUCAGAAAUAAAUUUAAAAGACAUUUGUAACCACUGUGUUUUAUCUACUGUGUGUUGUGGUGGCCUGUUGGAGGCAAAUAGAUCAGAAUUUUUUUUGUACCUAUGUAAGAGUACUUGAAGUUUUAUUUAAAAUAAAAUGUUGUGGAAAAGGUAGCAUUCUUUUUUUUAGGAGUGUUAUUUUUCACUACUAUGUGUGGCACGGAUACAAUAAAAGACUUUUACAAACUAGUCUUUUUAGUUUUUUUUAAUGAAUCUGGAAAUAUAUUUUUUUU